AUGGCAACGGUGGACUGCUCUGUGGCAAAUGCCACGACAACUGACCUUGACGGCCUUUUCGGUAACGGUACCGACGGAAAUGCCACAAUGCACUGCUCGAAGUCUGAAUUCGGUUGUUGUCCGGAUUGGGUCACACCUGCCGAAGGAAAAAAUAACGCCGGAUGUCCAACAUUCACGCUUGGAUCGUGUAACGAAACGGAAUACGGUUGCUGUCACGAUGAUGUCACCUUGGCGCGUGGACCAAAUCUCGAAGGAUGUGGUGAGCCAAUAUGGCUGGAUUCUCGGAGGAAUAACCUCGUUGAAAUCAAAUGGCAUUACGGAUCGUCCAAUUAUAGAUACCUUUAUUCAGGUCGUCAUUCCCUUGCGAACUGUCUGAAUUUGGAUGCUGCGCAGACGGUGAAACGGCCGCACUUGGAGCAAAUGGUACUGGAUGCGGAGAGAAUUGCCUGA